AUGUUCGACAAGAAAAAGGCUUUCACAGUCUCGCGUAUUGUCACUCUGGGACUGUGGGAGCUGUUUGUCACCGUUGGCUCUGGUGUACCGGGUUGCGCUUUUGUAAUUUACGGGUUCGAUAAGUACGUAACCAUCGUCAGUAUAGCUCAGUAUGGUGACAGUAUACCCCGGGAGCUUCUCCUACGGAAUCUCAUGUCUUGGGGCUUGGUAGAGGUAUAUUAA